GCGCUGUCGUAGGUUUUCGGCUUUCGUCUGUCAAAAUGGCUGCUCUUAGCAGUGUGUUACGAAAAGUUGGCCCUUCUAUUUUUCUGCGAAAGGCAGUGCUUUCUCAUGCACCAGCUGUUUCAUCAGUCCGCCAUGCGAGUAAAACGUGGAUGCCGGACGGCGAGUACAUGGAGCAGUUCAAGAAGCCAUACCUGGUUCCUCCUGAGACAGAGUGGGAGCUGCCGGCCUACAACUUGAGAGUGGCAGAGACGGAGAAGCAAGUGGAGAACAUCACCUUGAACUUUGGCCCCCAGCACCCGGCGGCUCACGGCGUGCUGCGGCUGGUGCUGACCUUGGAGGGGGAGACGGUGGUGCGCGCUGACCCGCACGUAGGACUGCUGCACCGCGCCACCGAGAAACUGAUUGAGCACAAGACUUACACACAGGCACUGCCGUAUUUCGACCGGCUGGACUACGUGUCCAUGUUGUGUAACGAGCAGGCGUACUGUCUGGCCAUUGAGAGAUUGAUGAACAUAGAGGUGCCACCCCGGGCCAAGUGGAUCAGAACUCUGUUUGGCGAGAUCACAAGGAUCCGGAACCACAUCAUGUCUGUGGGCACCCACGCUCUGGACAUCGGCGCCAUGACACCCUUCUUCUGGCUCUUUGAGGAGAGAGAGAAGUUGAUGGAGUUUUACGAGCGUGUGUCGGGGGCGCGUCUGCACGCUGCCUACUUCCGCCCCGGGGGUGUGUCCUUGGACAUGCCGCUGGGUCUGAUGGAGGACAUCCACCACUGGAUGGCCCAGUUUGGCCAGCGCCUGGACGAGGUCGACGACCUGCUCACGGAGAACAGAAUCUGGAAGGCCCGCACCGUGGACAUUGGGGUCAUCUCUGCCGAGGACGCUCUCAACUACGGUUUCAG